AGAGUGAGCCUUUACACCUUGUUUCCUCCUGGCAGGGUGAUAAAUGCGGGGAAGAGCCAGCACAACGAGGACCAGGCAUGCUGCGAGGUGGUGUUUGUGGAGAGGAGGCCCAGCCCGAGGGGGCGGCUGCCGUCCAGGGAAGGCAGCGGGGAGCCGGACGGGCUCCAGGACCUCGUGGACAUCCUGCAGGACCCCUCUCCGCCUCCCAUCUGCCUCCCGCACGAUGCAAGGGCCGUCCCCGCCGAGCCGAGCCGGGUGCCCCUUGCAGAGGACGACGGGGAGGUCCCCAACAAUGCCGUGCCACGGUUUCACCUGGAGAAGGCGGUCUCUCAUGAGAGCCUGGUGAUCGGUGCCAUCGAGAACGCCUUUAAGCACAUGGAUGACGAGAUCGAGCGGGAGCGAGCGUCCCAGCGCCUGUCCGGGGGCUGCUGUGCCCUGGCUGCCGUCUACCUGAUGGGCAAGUUCUACGUGGCCAACGCCGGCGACAGCAGGGCCAUUAUCAUCCGUAACGGGGAAAUCAUUCCAAUGUCCAGGGAGUUUACUCCAGAGACAGAGAGGCAGAGGCUGCAGUUUUUAGUAAGAAAGACCUUUCUUCUAACCUCGUUCCUCCUGAACCGCCUCCCAAGCCCCACGGGGCAGCCCCCGGCUGGGACCUGCUGGCGGCACACUGACGUCCCCGCCACCGGGUGGGCUUACAAAAAGAUAGAAGAGGAUGACCUGAAGUUUCCACUUAUCUAUGGGGAAGGCAAAAAGGCUCGGGUGAUGGCCACCAUCGGGGUCACGCGGGGCCUGGGAGACCACGACCUCAAGGUGUUCAGCUCCAACAUCCACAUCAAGCCUUUCCUGUCCUGCUUCCCGGAGGUCAGGGUUUACGACCUCACGCAGUACGAGCACUGCCCUGAUGACAUUCUGGUCUUGGGCACCGACGGGCUCUGGGAUGUCACCAACGACAAGGAGGUGGCUGGUGUGGUGAUGGAGGUACUGACGAGCUAUGAGCCCAAUGACCCGUGCAGGUACACCAUGGUGGCGCAGGAGCUGGUGGUGCGGUCCAGGGGAGUGCUGAAGGAGCGGGGCUGGCGGUUGGCCAACGACAAGCUGGGCUCCGGCGACGACAUCUCCGUCUUCGUGAUCCCUCUGGGCGGCCCGGGCAACUACACGUGA